AUGAAGUACUCUAACACCGACUUGGGACCGCCGCUUAUACGAUUAGGGGCAGUCAGCUACGUCGCAAUUCCCCAUGUCAAGCUCGAGCUACACCAGACAAGCAAUAAAGUCCAAGGCCCUCCAGUAUUCGAGUUGUAUCCCGGCGAAUACAUGCCAGUCAUUGUUAUGUCUAUCGAUCAAAACUCGUCCCAAAAGUCAGUGCUAGAGGAAAUCAAAUUGUUUCAAGCCGAAGAUGAUGUGUUUUCCAAGGGCUUUUUGUCGAAUAUAGUUGUAAUGCACGGCCCUGUGAAAGACAUUAAUCGGCUCCGAGACACAUUGACUUCUCUACCUACGAAUGCAAUCACUGGAGACUGGGCACCAAAUACGGUUCUGUCAGUAGGGAGUCCAUCCAACAGUACUCCAGACGGUCCUUACUUUCUUAGCCAAGGGCUUCACCUGUUCGAAGCUUGGCGGCUUUAUCCGGAUACACAGAAUAGUUUCGUCACGGGGAUCAUACCUUCAACUCAUGCCGGCAGUCUUUUCCAGCCUCUCGAUGUCCGCUUGCGGGGUCAUCGAAAUGCAAUUGCCGUCCCGAGUCGUCUUUAUAGCAAGAAGACUCCAUCAAAGCCUUUAGCUGGGAUGAGAUUUAGUGUCAAAGAUAACUACAAAGUUUCAGGAAUCAUGACCACUCAAUCCAAUCGUGCCUGGUGCGAAUUAUAUGAUGGCAAGCCCGAAAAUAUAACUGCCGAUUAUGUAAACACGUUGGUAGGUCUUGGUGCUGUUCUUGUGGGUAAGACAUUGAUGUGUUCUUUUGCAUCCUCAGAAGAAGCCACAGAUCAGUGGAUUGAUUUUCACGCUCCCUUCAAUCCCAGGGGAGAUGGUUACCAGAGUCCUUCUGGAAGCACGACAGGGGGCGGUACGAGCCUAGCGGCAUACCCGUGGCUUGACUUCUCCGUUGGCACCGAUACAACGGGGAGCAUCCGAUGGCCAGCCGCAUGGUGUGGCCUUUUCGGACUUCGGACAACAUGGAGAGAGGAAGCAAUGGGAAAUGUUUAUCCUGCAUGCAGAUUUAUGGAUACCGUUGGACUUCUCUCUCGAGACAUGGACGGUAUGGAGAACUUGGUCAAAACAACCAUUCCGGGGCCCAAAUACUUUAGUAAUGAUCAACAAACCGCCUAUAAUCCAUUCUACUACGACGGUUAUCAUGAGUUUGAUGACUUUCGUAAGGAAUACGAAGAAAAAUUCCAAAAACCGGUCUAUGUUGGUCCUUACAUGCGAUGGAAAUGGGACCGAGGCUCUGAGGUUUCCCGUGAAAUGAAGGAAAAGUCAUUGGAAGAAGUGCGGGUCUAUCGUCGCUGGUUCGAAGAGAAUAUUUUAGCCCCUAAGGGAUCUGGUGGCACUACAGCUGUCAUGAUAAUUCCUUGUGGCAACAGCGUGCCUAAGUAUCGUGACGAUCCCAACAGUGCCCCAGGGCCCAUCGGUGCUUUUACAUGGAACUACAUUGCCUCAGUUCAAGGUUUACCACAACUGGUCGCUCCGAUCGGCAAUAUACACUACGAAUCCAGAAUAAGCAAGCGAACCGAAGAGCUUCCAGUAGUUGGCACAAUAAUUGGCGCCGCAGGGAGUGAUCUACUACUAGUUGAUGUUGUGAAAAAUGCCCUUGGACGUGCCGGCCGUCCUAUUAAAGUUUCCACUGGGCGUGUUAUCUUUUCUGAACAGAAUCAAUGA